CGGUUCCUGUUGGCCAUGAAGCGGCAAAACGUGCGGACCUUGUCCCUGAUCAUCUGCACGUUCACAUACCUGCUCGUCGGGGCCGCGGUCUUUGACGCCCUGGAGUCCGACUUCGAGAUGCGGGAGAAGGAGCAGCUGGAAGCCGAGGAGAAGCGUCUCCAGGGGAAAUAUAACAUCAGCGAGGAUGAUUACCGCAAACUGGAGACCAUCAUCAUGGAGUCAGAGCCCCACAGAGCCGGGGUGCAGUGGAAAUUCGCAGGGUCAUUUUACUUUGCCAUCACGGUGAUAACCACCAUAGGCUAUGGGCACGCCGCUCCGGGGACCGAUGCUGGGAAGGCCUUCUGCAUGUUUUACGCCGUCCUGGGAAUCCCUUUGACUCUUGUAAUGUUCCAAAGUCUGGGCGAGAGGAUGAACACUUUUGUCAAGUACCUCCUGAAACGCAUCAAGAAGUGCUGCGGGAUGAGCAUCACGGACGUGUCCAUGGAGAACAUGGUGACCGUGGGGUUCUUCUCCUGCGUCGGCACGCUGUGCGUCGGAGCCGUCGCCUUCUCCCACUACGAGGACUGGAGCUUCUUCCAGUCUUAUUAUUACUGCUUCAUCACAUUAACAACUAUUGGCUUUGGGGACUUUGUGGCCCUUCAAAAGAACCGGGCUCUCCAGAAGAAGCCCAUGUACGUGGCCUUUAGCUUCAUGUAUAUCCUGGUGGGCCUCACGGUCAUCGGGGCGUUCCUCAACCUGGUGGUUCUUCGCUUCCUGACGAUGAACAGCGAGGAUGAGAGACGGGACGCGGAGGAAAGAGCCUCGCUGGCGGGAAACAGGAACAGCAUGAUCAUCCACAUCCAGGACGAGACGCUGCCGAGGGGCCGGCGGCGGAGGGAAGCGUACCGACAGGAAGUGACUGAUCUGCAGUCGGUGUGCUCCUGUAUGCACUACCACUCGCAUGACUUCGGCAGCUCUGGGGGGGGGAUGGGAGGCCUGGGCUGUGCCUUCUCCCAUCAGAACUCGUUCAGCUCGCAGCUGAAUCCCAAUCAGUACUUUCACUCCGUUUCAUACAAGAUCGAGGAGAUCUCGCCCAGCACCUUGAAGAACAGCUUCUACCCGUCGCCCGUCAGCUCGGUGUCUCCGGGCCUCCACAACUUCACAGACAAUCACCAGCUGAUGAGGAGAAGGAAAUCUGUUUAA